AUGGAGCGUAAACUAGAAAUUAGGACGUCAUCAUCCAGGAUCGGUGAAGGAGAUGAAGAGAUGGAACCAUGUACUCCAACUGGACAAUAUUACAGCAGUUCUUCGCUCUCUGUGUGUAUUCUUGCGGUUUUAGAAUGGGAAGUUCCUGUUGACGAUGACUCCCAAAUAAAGUCGUUGCUUCAGGAUGUCUUCCUCCCCAUCAAUCCACGUUUUUCCUCUAUCUUGGUUACUGGAAAAAGUGGAGAGAAAAAUUGGAAGAAGGCCGCAGUUAAGCUCGAGGACCACAUCAAAGUACCGGUAUUUGAACAAGGUUUAUCAGUGGAAUGUCAUGAUGAGUAUUUCCAAGAAUAUUUGUCGGAGAUAGCGAUGGAGAGACUGAACAAGAGCAGACCAUUAUGGGAGAUUCACAUAUUCAAGUACCCUACUAGUAAUGGAGCUGCGACAACUGUGUUCAAGCUUCAUCAUGCCCUGGGGGAUGGAUAUUCGCUCAUGGGUGCUCUGUUUAGCUGUUUACAAAAAGCUGAUAAUCCUUCUCUUUCUUUAUUUUUUCCUUCUAUUCGGUCGGAUAAUCACAUGAAUAAAAAGAAGAGUGUUUUGGAGCUUCUCUCUGUGUUCAAGAACACUGUAACAGAUUUCACUUGGAGUCUUUUCAAGAGUAAUGUGUUGGAAGAUCAUGUUAGUCCAAUAAGAUCAGGUAAAGAAGGAGUUGAAUUUAGGCCAGUUUCAAUCUCCACUAUCACUUUCUCUCUUAAUCAAGUCAAAGAAAUCAAGGCAAAGCUUGGCGGGGUAAUAUUCCUUCAAUCCUGUUAA